AGGAGAAGUGGGACUGUGCAGAGUCCAUACAUACAGAAUGAGAACAGAUACUGAGAAUUAUACCCAGCAUACAGAAGAAGGAGAAGUGGUAUUAUGCAGAGUCCAUACAUACAGAAUGAGAACAGAUACUGAGAAAUUAUACCCAGCAUACAGGAGAAGAGAAGUGGUAUUAUGCAGAGUCCAUGCAUACAGAAUGAGAACAGAUACUGAGAAUUAUACCCAGCAUACAGGAGAGAAGAGAAGUGGUAUUAUGCAGAGUCCAUACAUACAGAAUGAGAACAGAUACUGAGAAUUAUACCCAGCAU